AUGGUUUUCCAACCUAUCGAGAUUUGGGGCCACUGGGGCGCACCGAAUCCAUGGAAAGUGUGCAUCAUUCUUGAAGAACUCGGAUUGCCAUAUAUGAUCCAUCAGCUGGAAUUUUCCGAUGUGAAAGCAGAAUCUUAUGUUAAACUCAAUCCAAAUGGGCGCUUGCCUACAAUCAAGGAUCCCAAUACUGGCAUUACACUAUGGGAGUCGGGUGCUAUCAUCUUGUACCUGAUAGAACAGUAUGACAAUGACUAUAAAUUCUCAUUCAAAAGCCUACCCAAAAAGCACUUGACGCAACAAUGGCUAGCAUUUCAGAUUUCUGGCCAAGGUCCCUAUUUUGGCCAGGCCACUUGGUUCGCUCGAUUCCACAGUGAGAAGCUUAAAUCAGCUAUCGAUCGCUACGUCGAUGAGAUAUUUCGAGUAACGGACGUUUUGAACAGGGCCUUGGAGAUAAACGGUACGGGAUGGCUCGUAGGAGAUAAGAUCACAUAUGCAGAUCUGUCUUUUGUAACAUGGGCCUCAGUCGGCAGAGGGCUGCUUAAAGAGCUAAACAAAGACGCAGGCUUGGAGAAGUAUCCCAAAUACAUGGCAUGGAUGAAAGCAAUGGAAAGCAGAGAUGCGGUCGGAAAAAUUCAGAGCAGUAUGGCAAAGGGGAGAACUGCCCACGGCUUAUAA